CGUUUCACUCUCCUCUGCCCCUCAUCCCGCGCCGAUCCUCCCCUGCAGGGGCUUCCAGGUUCAGACGGUCAUUUCUGCCACCGAAAACAGACACAGGGAGAGGAAGAGAGAAGGUUUCAUUCCUGCCAUCUGCUGCUGCUGCGGGGAUCGACGGGACAUUGGCACAGAAAUCAGCGCCUUUGAGUUAUUUUAACAAACUGACAGAAGGUGUGCCUGUGUGUGUUUGCAGGUGUGUCACACUGAGCAGAGAGCCAUCCUUCUGUCUUUUGUGGUAAUACCCCCUCUUUUGGUGUCAAAAUGGCCAGAGACCAAGGAGACAUCCCAGCACUUGAGUCUGGCAUGGCUGGCCUCUGUGUUGCCUUAUCAUCUCCCGCUGGAAUAGCUCGCCACAACAUCAGCUACGAUGAGCACAUGGAUAUCCCCAUGCAUCACCCUCCUGCGGACAUGACAGUAAACAACUUCUGGAAAGACCCUCUCAUCCCUCGGCACAGGUUCAGGAACAAAGAGGUAAGUGAGAGUGGUGACAAGAUAACAACAUGCGAAGCAUCAUUACCACCCAAGUCCCCAGUCCUUGUUGUUAAGGCCAAAGCCAGCUCACUGAUGAGUUCCCUUAUGUCAAGACAAUCCCAAGAAAACCUUCAGAAGUUUGAGCACCAGGCAGGACUGACUGAGGCUGUUUAUUCUCCCCACAAGGGCCUCACUGCUGAGGAGACCCAGUUCCACAGAGUAGCUGAUGGCAAACUGCCAAAGUUGAGAAUGCCGGGGGACUUCAAGGAGGACAGGCUUUCAACAUCUGCACAAUCGACCCCAAGUGGCACGCCUACAGUCACCCCCAGUGUUACCCCCAGUGCUACUCCUGUCUCAUCACCAGCUGUUAGUCGCAGGAACUGGUUCCAGCUGAAUCCGACCCAUUAUAUUACUGCACCUGAGCCUAAUAGACCUGACCCUUACAUAGACAUGGGAGGAAACGAAGGAGGAGGAGGUCCAGAUAAGUGGAACUUCUUUGGAACCCGGUCUGUGGUCCACAAGUCCCCCACGGACCCAGGCUCUGACACCAGCACAGGCUUCUCCCUGCAGUCCUACUUCGGCCUGCAUAAGUCUUCUACGAUGGAUGGCACCAACACUCAGAUGAGCCAAAGGGUGGAGGAGCCUGCCAAAUUCAUGCCCCCCAAGAUUGAAAUCUCGGACACUGAGUCUAAGAGGGUUUCUCCACGGCCCCACAAACUGAAACCUCGGGACAUGAAUGUUUUAACACCGUCAGGCUUUUGAGGCCAGCCCAAACGUGUACUUCCCUUCCCACCCAUCUCCUACAUGGUUGCUAAUUUACUUUCCUGUCCUCUUCUACCUCCUCUACUUCCCUGCAAAUUCCUUGAGAGGCCAAGAGGAAUGAGGACCAUCUGAGAGUGCUGGCUCAUCCACCCCCAUGAGACGCCAUUGCAAUUUUACACUUCCCAUCAGACAUUUUCAUAUGUCCAUCUUUUAGGUAGUUUUCUUCCUUGGCCUACCAACUCAAUGUGCAAUUUAAAUAAAAAAAAAUGGCAUAAGCAAUUUUAA